AUUAUAUCCGCUUAUGAGGAAAUUAGCAAAGCAUAUAAAAGAGCAGAAAUAGCAACAAAUCAAUUGAAGACAGUUUUACCAGCCAAUACAAGUGUUGUAAUCCCGCAUGAACCUUCAGGAAUUAAUGUCGUUCAACCACCAGCGCCAAUAGUUAGAACAGAAAAUAUGGACUCAAGUCAACGGAAAAUUAUCAUUAUUAAAUCAUUGAUGGAAAUUCGUCAAGCGCAUAAGAAGGCAGGAAUUGCAGUAGAACAAUUAAGAGCUAUUUUGCCUACAAGCGAAUGUUAUAUAACACCACAAAUUUCAACAGAAAAUGGUUCAAGUUGCUCUAACCUAUCGCAGCAAACAGUUGACGAUCUAUCGUCGGAUUGGUCAUUUAUUAGUGAUGAGUUAUCAAUUA